GAGAAGAGGGUCGAUCGCUCCGAGUAGAGGCCAUUCUAGCGAACUCCGGAACUAACGGCACAGAAUAAUUUACUUUGUCCGACACGUUUUCUAUUGCUUCCUUCAGUUGUAGUGACGCCGGUUUACAAAUGUGUUCAGGACGUCCUCGAAUGUUUACCUGACCGCGUAGCAAAGCCCUCAACGUUCUCUGUCAGUGUCAGUAGAGGAAGGUCAGCACGUCGCAGACGUAACGCUAGUCGUCAGCACACUGCAUGCUGGAGAGUGGCUUCACUUGCAUCGUGGUCAGUAGCCCUACUGCCUACUGGUCUUACAGGCUUACCAUCAUCGCAUGUGACUGUGCAGGUACGUGUCAAGCAUCUGCCAUCCUGUCUAUGUUGUCUUGGUACUGACUGUUGCGGCACCCCUUCAACCACUCCUACACAGUACCCGAGAUCUCCCGACCUGACCGGCCUACCGACGAACAGUCGCCACUGCACCAGCCACGCUGAUCCGCUGGUAGCUAGCUAGCUGGAUAGAAGGUCGAAGCAGAGGCAUCUCUCACUCACUGACACGAACACAGCAGCAGCAGCAGGAAAACACCAGAGUUUGGUUGCCUCUCGGACCCGUUCGCAACCAGCUGCCCGGUCAGUUACUGGCGGUUGUUGGAGGCAGUCGAGGAGGUUCUGCACAGACAACGCCUACACAUUGCACUACCACCCGCUCCAAUGAGUGCAGGUAGUCAGAGUAGCCUGCCACUGCACCAUAAAGCGUCUGACCAAGCCCUCGAGAGCAGCGACGAUUCCCGAAACAUGGACGAUUCGGACUUCCUGAAUCCCUCGCCCCAGCAGCCGCUGCUGGCGACCCCGGGACGCCCAAAGAAGCUGCGCAACUACAGCCAUCCAUCCGGCAGCGUGCCGGAUGGCCAAGUGCAAGGUUUGCAGGGCGCGGAGAACACGGCCGGAUCGCCUCAGUCAGCAGAGUCCGACGGCAGGAUCGUCUUUCAAAUCGCACCACGGCACGGCAUCAGUUUCACGCUCAGCGCAGUUGCAGUCAACAUUUCCCUGUCAAUACUCACAGUGAUAACGCAGGUUGGCAUGACGGUAACACUACCCAUGUACUCCACCGCACUGGAAUCUCACUUGAUUUGUGGCGAGCAGAAGGCGGUGGGAGAUGUAUACUUUCUACUCGUCUUCACGGCAUUCUGGUUUGUCCUCUUCUUUGGCUCAUUCAUCGGAAUAGCACGGUUACUAAAUCCGGAGUUCCCUCUCGGCUGCUCUGUGAGUCACUUCAACCGUGCUCUGCUGGGCAGUUUCAACACGUUGAACGGCAUCUUGAUCGUGUUCAGCAGUCCAGAAGACCGCACGCCAGUGUUCUUGCAACCACUGCUCUCCACCAUUAUCAUUCCGUUCACUGUCUUCUUCAGUUACGUCAUCCUGCGCAAGACGGAGAGCUACCCGCGUCUCAUUUGCUGCCUGAUCGUCAUUGUGGGUCUCAUCAUCUCCACUGAGCCUGUCAUCUUCAACAUUGAUGGGCAAGGCAGCAGCGGUAGCGUUCACACCAAGCCCAUCGUGCGUUUCGUCUGGAGCUGUGUCUUCAUGAUCGGCUUUAUACCACUGGCCAUUAACAAUGUCGUCGAGGAGAAGAUCCUCAAGAAGUCUGCCAAGAAAGCAGCGGAAGCUGUCGCUGAUGGAGGAAGUGCUGGCAAAGACCAUGACGUCAACUCUUUGCUGCUGAUGUUCUGGAUCAACCUGUGGACGUUCAUCAUGUUUGUUGUGAUGUUCUGGGUGGACUUUAUACCCGUCUUUGGCACCGUCAAGGGCUUUCACCAGUUCCAGGAGCACAUGGGCGAUGGAAUGCGCUGCAUGUUCGGUAGUCCACGAGGCCCGCACGACUACUACGCAAACGUGAGCAUGAAUUGCUCGGCAACACUGCGCGACCCGGUGCAGUUCAACCCAGACCCGCACUGCUCACUGCCGGUCACCUACUGCUGGUUGUUCAUCGUGUUCUACUGCCUGGCCAACCUGUUCAGCUUGAUGCUGAUCAAGUACGCGGCCGGCGCCGUAUACCUGGUUGUAGUGCAAGGUCUCAUCACCCCGCUCGGCGCCAUCUUCUGGUACCUGUUCCAGAUGGACGCCAACGCGCACCUGAAGUGGAAGCCGGUGUACUACAAGAGUGCGUCCACGUACACGCUUAUAGGCCUGUUCAUGAUGGUACCGGCCGUCAUAGCCUACAACGUCAUAGGCCUGCGGGCCGCCAAGAAGAAACAGGAGGGGGGCAGGAUACACGAAGUUCAGGAUGACGUCUAGCAGAGCGGCACUGAGCCAAGUACGGCCGCGGGUGUCGAUGAUCUCGUGGCAACACUGACAGUUAGAGCUCUGCCGAACGUUGACAGUUUAUAGACACAGUCAGGCACACAAGUAGACUGUGCAUACCUUGGCUACAUGUACAUGAAGUUCUCAGUAACAGUCGUCUUGGUGCAGUGCAUCAAUACGUCAUUCCUCACUAGCACAGUAUUUCUACAGUUAAAUUUAUCGGCUAUUUCGUUGAAAGUGGAACAGUGGAACAGUUUCAGAUAAUCCACUUCUCGCACCGGUCCGUACACAGAUGAUCUGUGCGAGUGCCAUAUCAAUCCAGAAAAGAGCAAGUCUGUUGUGUACCACAUGGCUAUGGACGAUGAUGAUAUUUUCAAACCACCCCAUAACUUGUCUUACUUGCCCGGCUAUUCCGAAUUCUUGCUUCCAUGCACAUUUUAUAUAUGUGGUGGGAUAUAUUUUUUCUGUUGAUUCCCAAUCUGCUUUUGGGGCAGAAAGUGCAUUGGACCUUUCAAUCACAAGUUUUCUCCAAUACUAGACAUUUUUGAUAUUUGAACGUGAUAGGAGACCUUUGGCUCCAUCCUUGGAAUCAGCACUCUUAUUAUUCUAUUACACGGAAAGCGUGUCUUCCUCAUAAACAAAUGUAAUACCGUGCUA